AAGAGAGAUACACAAGUUAGAUUCUUGAGAAAAACUUGUAUCUUCUUCGAAGGAGGUUCAACCACCACCAACUUUUAAUGAAUUCAAUUUAUCUGCAACUUAUGUUUCGUGUCAGAAACAACCCCUUAUUCUUCUCCAUCCUGUCCCUCUCUCUCACUCUCUCCACAUUUGCAUUUGUGGCCUAUAAUUUAGUGCCCCUUUCCCUUUUCUGCUCACCUUUUUUGCUCCUCCCAUUCUUGCACAUUACCAAUCAACAUUUUAUUUUUCUUUAUGUUGUGAAGAAGAUGAUAAUGGCGGUGAAAUGUGGUGCGAGAAUGGGAGGGCAAUUGGUGAAUGAUAUAGUGAGUUUCCUAGUGUUUAGUAUGUUGGAUGUGGUGGAUGUGAUUCUGUGCUACGUUUACAAAGUGGCGGACUUCUUUUUCGAGGCGGAAUGGAAGGCGUGCUACUGUUCCGCCUCGGCGAAGGAGUCCAUUGCCGGGAGAGGCAAGAUCGUGGUGUCUGAGGCUCCCGGGGAGUCGAAGAUCGUGCGGCUCACAUGCACCAAGAUGCAGCUUGAGGAAAUCUCCGACACGCUCUACACGCGUCCCUCCCUCGUCUCGGCCGUCUCCAACUCCACCGCCCUCCGCCCCUCUAAGCGGACCGGCGUCCGGUCGUCGUUCACUGUGAACUCGACCGUAAUCGAGAUGCUGCAGGGAAGGGUCGGCGGGCAGCAGACCCUUCCCGUGCCGAGGUGGUCGGAUUGUAAUUGCAAAACUUGCACUUCGUGGACCGCUGCGUCAUGCAGGGACACACUCUUUGUCAAAGUUGACGGAGCCCGAGAAAAUGCGGGGGAAGAUGUUGUCUUCAUUCACGGCUUCAUAUCGUCGUCCGCGUUUUGGACGGAGACGCUCUACCCGAAUUUUUCGAAAUCCGCAAAAUCUAAGUAUAGAUUGUUUGCGGUGGAUUUGCUCGGUUUCGGGCGGAGUCCAAAACCGACGGAUUCGCUCUACACAUUGAGAGAGCAUUUAGACAUGAUCCAACGCUCCGUACUUGACCCGUACAAGGUCAAGUCGUUCCACAUUGUGGCGCAUUCGCUAGGAUGCAUUCUCGCUCUAGCUCUUGCAGUCAAGCACCCUUCUGCGGUCAAAUCACUAACGUUGCUUGCACCUCCAUAUUUCCCGACGCCGAAAGGCGAGGCAGCGACGCAGUACAUGAUGAAGAGGGUGGCCCCGAGGCGUGUGUGGCCGGUGAUCGCGUUUGGGGCAUCGAUGGCGUGCUGGUACGAGCACAUUAGCCGGACGAUCUGCCUAGUCAUUUGCAAGAACCAUCGCAUUUGGGAAUUUCUCACCAAACUUCUCACCAGAAAUAGAAUAAGGACAUACUUGAUGGAGGGUUUCUUUCUGCACACACACAACGCAGCGUGGCAUACGCUACACAACGUUAUAUGCGGCACCGCGGGCAAGAUCGAAACCUACUUGGACGAUGUGAAGAAUCGACUCAAAUGCGACAUCACCAUAUUUCACGGCCAAAAUGACGAACUCAUCCCCGUGGAAUGCAGCUACAAUCUGCAGUCAAGAAUCCCUCGAGCGCACGUUAAGGUUGUCGAAAAUGAAGAUCACAUCACCAUUGUUGUAGGAAGGCAGAAGGCCUUCGCCAGGGAGCUCGAGGCAAUAUGGAGGAAUGCAAGCCCUUGAUCAAACUUAUAUAUACUAAUACUAUACUAUCCUAUACAUCCGAAAUAAAAAAAAUGAGAAAUGUAUUUAAAAAUCAUUCCUAAUCAAGAAACCUUUGGUUGAUCGAGAUUAGGGCUAAAGCAAGUGUGGAAUAUCCGUCAUAGUUUUUUCAACUAUUCCUAAUUUCUUAUUGUACCAUGGAGGUUCUAUAAUUAUAUCACCGAAUUAAAUUAAAUAGUGUGUAUUUAAUUAUAACUUCUUUUAA